CGGAAGGGGCCCUCGCGCCACAACUUCACGUUGGAAGAAGACGACCAGAGCUUCAUCAUGAGUUCAUGAGAUUCAGACUGAGAAGGUCUGGUUGGCUAAAGCUCCAAGAAAAUGGUCGAAGAGAAAGGAAAAUGCAUGAGGCUGGAGGGGGCACGCAGGAAAAGAGGCUGUGCAAGACAUCCCUUGGUUUCUCAAACCUGAAGAUUGAAGUGCAAAUAGGUAUCUGUCAGGGAUGCGGUCUCUUUGACUUCUAAGAGUGCGGCUUGCAGAAAGUCAUCAAUCUACACCGUCGCGCCCUUAUCUGCUCUUCAGGGGGACGAGUCAUUGAAGAGUUUGAUUGUUGAGGUUUGGAAGAAGUCAUACAAGAAGGGGGCGCCAUGACUUUCAGGCACUUGCUUGUCAAAAGCAGACGUUGAAUCUGUUGCAGGCGCCACCUUAAAUGUAAAUCAUAGAGUAGGGGCCAGCAGAAGGGGUUCUUUAUCUUGAAGGGGCGCAUUUACUCAGCACAUGCAAACAAGACUCACACACCGUUUGAUCUGUAGCACUGUGGAAGAUCCGAGGGGUCGAACUGCGGUACUUUGAGUAUCCCCUCAACUUGGAGAGCACAGUCAAUACAUUGAACGAAUAACAUUUACAAAGCCGGUCAACCAGGGGUUCCCAAAGUUCAACACAUUCUGCCCGUCCAAGAAACAUGUGUAGUGCCUGCAAAUGUGCGCUUUGAGCGUGCAGACGCUUGGAAGCCGUUGGAGUUAGGUAACUAGGGUGGGGGACAGAAUGGCCGUAAAGAGCGAGGCCCCUCGGCGGGUGCUCGUGGCCGUCAGCUCGUCGCGCAGCUCCAAAGAUGCUCUGCUCUGGACAUUGGACAAGCUCGUUCGGACGCCCGAUGACAUCCUGAUGCUGCUGCAUGUGCUGAAGCCUAUCGAGUACAUCGCCACCCGAGAUGGCUACGUGGACGCGUCGCAAAUGGACCCCGCCGAGGUGCAGAGGAUCGGUCUGCAGGCGCGCGAGGUGGGGGGCGAGCUGCUGGAGUCUUUUGAGGCGCUGUGCGCCCCAAAACGGGUGGAGGCGCUGACAAAGCUGGUGGAGGGGGACCGUCGCAAGAUGAUUCUGGAAGAGGUGCAACGCAUGGGUGCGACGGACCUGGUCAUGGGGGGCAAGGCGCGGCGCAUCAUGCCAAAGUUGAAGAGCACAAGCCUAGCUGACUACUGCCUGAAGCACGCCCGGUGCGCGGUGACGAUCAUUCGCAAAGGCCACGUGGUCCAAUCAGCGCCCGCCAAGCCGGCUCUCCUGCCGUCUCCCUCAGGGACAAACUUCCCAACAGGCCUUGCUUCUGGAACGGCGGACGUUUUCACCGCCCCCCAGAUGUCAAGGACAGCCCCGACAAGGCCCGCCAGCGACAAGCCCGUCCUCAGCGAAUCAGAUCGCGCCAGGUGGCGGAGCGCCGCUGACGCAGCGCCGGAGGAACCCGAGCCGGUUGGUGACGUCACGGGGAUGGGCGUCAGGCAGCAGCAGACGAUCCCGUGGGGUUCCGUGAUUUCUGAGGGGGGUCAGAAUGGCAGGGAGAUCACCCCCGGGGACGAGGAGACGAGCUCGGAUUACAUGGCGCGGAUGAUCUUUAAGGCGAGAGCGGAGGAGCUGACACUCGCGUUGGCAAAGCUGGAAUCGGAAAACGAUCCCAACGUAUUCAUAGCGGAAGAACCCGUCAUUGAGAAACCGGUCGCCAGUGAGGACGUGGUCGCUGCCGAGCCAGAGCACGAUUCUAAAAAGCCAGACGACGGUUCUAACGCCGAUUCCGCUUCAGAAACGAAGGAAGAAACAGUCGAGUCGAAUGCUGCAUCGGCUGCAGGAGAGGCCGAAGCCAAAGGGGGCCACGUGGCCGAAGCUAAAGGGGAACACGUGGCAGCAGCUCCAAUCACCGGGCAGGGGGACGAGAGUGCAGCGAAGGCGGGUGAUUAUGUGGCAGCUGAAGAGGGCGACAAGUCAGAGGGCGACAAAUCAGCGGUGGCGGACAAGGAGGUUGAUCCGAACAGUCUGUCGCUGGGCGAUGCACACAUUGGAGAAAACAAGCUCCACCUGCAACUCCACGUCGACAACCUCGACUCGGAGGCGUCGAUCCGCGCGCACGAGGACAGCUUCGGCGAUUUCAAGUCGCACAGCUCGCUCGACAACGACAUCCUGAACAUCAUGGCCGUCGCCAAAGUCGAGGGCGUCGAGAAAGCGGGCGAAGUCAACGGGUUCAUCCAGUAUAAGCGCCCGGAAACCCCGGCAUAUGCGCGCGGGCUGGAGGUGUUGGAGGUCCUCGACCGGUGGCUCGUCGCGAAGCAGGCGGAGCAGUUGCGCCUCCAAACGGCGUCCGAAAGCGGGCGCAGCACGUCCGAAACCGUCCGAACGGAAUCCGACGGUGGUGGGCGGAACGAAAACGGAAGCGUCCGCAGCGUGACGGAGGAAGAUGUGCAGGAGUUGACGGGGCGAGAGGCGCCCGCGCGGUCCCCGCCCGAGAAGACCAAAAAGGGGGGCCGUUUCAGCAGGCUGUUCAGGGGGAGGGGGAAGAAGGAGAAGGGCGCCAAGGCGGCCAAGGCGGACGCGGUGGCGGGGGCGGCACCCGAGGCGCCAGCUGCCGCAGAGGAUGACGUCACGAUUUCGGUCAGCGAGGUCGACCGUGCCGUGGAGGAGUUCUGGGACGACUCUCCGCAGUCCGUGACGGUCACCGACGGCGGGCCCGACGAGCCGGGGCUCCUGAGCCGCAUCGCUGACAUCAUCAUCGCGGAGGAGGCGGAGAAGACGCGCCGGGGUGACGUCAGCAGGGCGAAAGACGUCAGCAAGGCAGAUGCCAACGAGAAGAGCACUCAGGGCCGUGGUGACGUGGCUUCCCGGAAGGAUGACGUGGCGAAGCCCCGGCUGCUGCCGACGGAGGAGGGUACGGAGGAUUCCGGGUCCGUGUGCGACGAAAUGGACCGCGGAGGGGAUGACAACAUGAAGCGCAUGAUGGAAGAAGACGAGAGCGUGUCCGGAAAACCCAUCGUCGCAGCCCCGAAAGCCAAAGCCCCCGAACGGAAAGCCGCGGCUGUUGAGGCCCCGGCAGGUCCCGUUUUGAGGGCCCCGAUCCCGGAGGGGCUUCCGCCGGCGGGGAGAGUCAAGGUGAAGGUGCAGAUGCUCAACCGGGAAGCCCGGGGGGCUCCUCAGAGCGGACCUGUGAAUGUGAAGACAGAAGCCCGGGGGGAUCCCCCGACCGAGCGCGUCAGCGUGCGGAUGCUGAACACAGAGGUGCGGGAAAGUGUGCCGACCGGUCGUGUCAGCGUGCAAAUGCUCAACGCAGAGGCCCGGGGGGGUCCACCGGGGGAAGCGCUCGCACAGACUGGGGUGUCGAGACGCGUCUCCCGGGCUUUGUUGGAGGGCAUGGUACCCGAUAUGCCGCGAGAGGACCCAGAGGAAGGGAUGCCCAGGCCCGAAGGCGCACCUGAAGGCCCCCCACCGGACGCUUCGGACGCGUACAAAGCGGAGCUGUCCAAAUACACGCUGGAAUCGUGGCUCGGGAUUGGCCAGUGCGUGUCGCGUUUCCUCGAAGACGACCGCAGCAGCAUCAGCAGCGAAGCGUACGACUCCGUUGGGGGAUCCCUCGACACGGGGACCCCCGUCAGCCUCUCCUGGGACCCCGAACCCGCUGACGUGGCAGCUGUCCAGGGGGGACACGUGGCGGACGACUGGGGGUACGGCUCGAGCCGGCUCGGGGGUGGAGGGGAGAGACAGGAGAGUUCCGUUCCGUUCCGGUCCGUUCCGUCGCAGCCGGUUGCGGAGCCAAGGAAGGAAUGGGUCAAGCAGGCUGUGAGGCAGUACGAGAACAAGGGGGAGGAGGAGAAAGCGUCCGGCGCGCGGCAGGCGGUUCCGGAGGUGCAGGGGCGGGUGUCGGAUCUGGCGGAAGAACGAAAUGCGAAGACGCAGGGGGGCCGGAAAACGAGCGCAGGAGCAGAAGCGAAGAACGAUGCAAGGCGCGACAGGGAGCUCCGGAGCCCCUUCUCUAGUUACUGGACCGCGGAGGCCACCACGUCAGCCCCCGACGACGUGUCCGCCCAGUCGAGCGCUCCCCGUUUCGGGGGGAUCGCUCUGAACCCUGACCCGCGCCCGUCCACCCCCCCCGGCCAAGGAAUCGCCCCCCUGCCGUCGAAGAGUCCGGAUAUCGCGCUUCCGAAACGACAGAAAGAAAAGAGGAGCAAUGCUUACGAUCCGCAGUGGGCGAUUCCGGUGAAGAAAGAGAGUUCCGCGCAGUUGAGGCGGCAUCCCAGCGAGACGGAGCUGUUUGAGGAAGAGGAGCAGGAAGACUUCCUGCCCCCCGCCUACCAGGAGGAGUCCACUUCGGCGGACCCCCUCUCAGCACUGAGUAUCAGCCAGGCGAUCACCGACUUGGCCGCGUCGACGUUUGCUGACCUCAUCACCGACGGGCGCAUCUCGACGAGCCAAGUGGCGGCGUGGCGGGACGAGAUUGCGUGGCUGACGUCACCCGGAGACCAGGUCAUGGAGAUGGUGGCGAGCACGGUGGAGACGCGGACGGGCAGCAUGAAAGACAUCAUCGUCCAACGGCUGCGUCCGGACGUCCAAACCUCCCUCCCCGCGCUGCGCUCGCUCGACGACCUGCUCCAGCGCAUCGUGCUGCGGCUCAACUCGGGCGGCGCCGCGAGCAAGCGCGAGCUGAUGGGCACGCGCGAGCAGACGGUGCAAGUGCUGAAAGCGGCCCUCAUGAUCAACGAGGAGGUCUUGCAAGAAAUGGCGGUGCCCGCUGUUUACUGGGCGUCACUUCCAAAGACCAUCAAGCAAGUGGUGGGCGGCGACAUCUUCCAAGCGCUCACCAGCAAGUCCGCCAACCCCACGCAGCUCCUCCUCGCGGUUAACCCCAAAACCCCGCGCAACGCGUUCCGGGUUAUCAAUAAUCUGGAGGCCGCGGUCCACAUGUGGCACUCCAUGAUGGUCGAAAUGGCGGAGCCGCUCGCAAAGAAGCGCGCGGUAUACGCGAGCCGCGCGUCGGCGCUCGUGCAUGACCUCAAGAUGACGUGGCCGGGCCUGGAGGCGACGGAGCUCGCCGAGUUCAAGAUCACGCGCAACACGGACAUUGGACGAGCUAUUCUGGAGAGUUACUCGCGGGCGCUCAUCAGCCUGUGCGGGAAGACUAUAACCUGCCUCGACUACCUCCUGACCAUGGACCCGCCCGAGAAAUCCGCUAGGCGCUCCCGGUCCCGCCAAACGCCCGACCGCCAACCGUCGCCGUCGGAAAGCGUCAGCAAGUCUCUGACGAGCAGACCCUCCGGGGGAAGCGCUUCACGGCGCUCGAUAGACAUUUCAGCCCUUUCGCGAGCGGCGGAGUCGCCGCCCGAGAAUCCGAUGCGGCGGUCGGUAGAGGUGACGCCAAAAGCGGAGGGGGGGUCCGGGUCGCAACAAGGUCGGGGCUGGAGGUUUUUCUCACGAAGAAAAUCUCUAUCUAAAGAAUCAGCGUAACGGUCACUCCAUCGGAGGGAGUAGCAACUCAACCACUGGUAAAUGUAUACGGGCAGUUUGGUCGGAAGGGUCACAGCACUUCGUCAUCCUUGUCGAUUUGGAGUACUAGAAAGCACAGUGAAAAUGAAGGUGUAGUGACACGGACUUUUUCUGGGUUUGGUCGUGGGCUUCUGCCGGUAUUGAAAAGCGUUCUGGUGUCGAACAUUGGAUGAAAAGAGUCUCUCGGAUUUUCUCUAGGGUCGGCACUACGCGGCACUAGGUGAUGGGAAUUUCAGUGCACGGGCUUGAGUAAACGCCGGGCAUACGAGUUUCCAACCGAGGGAACUGCGAGUCUAAAUUGUCAAUUGGUAACCACAAUCACUAACUUAACCCGUCUAUUCUAGUUGUACAGUUUUGGAUCGAACAAUAACAUGGACGGUCCUGGUCAGGCAGGCUACCGAGUAUAAGCUGGCUCAAGGACAGUAUUAGAAGGCACGUCGUAGCACUGAACAUUCC